AUGGUUGCUAAGAGUGGAAUCCGCGAUGCUUUUGUCGAGAUUAUAGUCACUCGUUGGCUGAAGGGCGUUCGGGGGUCUAGACCUGACGAGCUUCUCAACAACAGCCUCUACAUGUUUUUCCAGCCAUAUGUCUGGGUGAUGGAGCCAGAGAUGCAGCUUGUGGCAGGCAAAGCUAUUGUGGCGAGAGCAGUUUGCCGUAUUCCUCCCGGAAGUAUCGACCCUACUGUUAUGAACCUUCAGUGGGGGGAUCUUGUAGGCGGCCUGUUUGAAGCGCGGCGUUCUGGAAGGGCCCGGGAGAGUGUCAUUGACGUUGCAAAGGCCGAAGGCUAUGAAAUUCGUGUCGAAUUUGUACCAAUCGAAUCAGCCUACCAGGCCGAUGAGAUUUUUAUGUGCACUACUGCAGGCGGCAUCAUGCCUAUUACGGAGCUUGAUGGUAACUUAGUCAAGGAUGGCAAGCUUGGUCCUAUUACUAAGGAUAUCUGGGACGGAUACUGGGCGAUUUACUACGAUCCUAAGUUUAGUUUUGAAAUUGACUUCAAGAACGGUACUGCGGUUAACGGUGUGUGUCAAAACGGGUAG